AUGUUUGCAGAAUCUCCCACUGCAGCACUCAAACGAAGGUUCCGCACAAAUUUCACGGAAGCCCAGUCAUUGUUGCUAGAGGAAGCGUUUCAAGAAUCACAUUACCCAGAUCAAACGGCAAAGAAAGAUAUGGCGGAAAAAUUGGAUAUUCCCGAGGACAGAAUUACGGUAUGGUUCGCACUAAGCCAAGCUAUAGGUCGUUACGGAAGAUCACAACUUUGA